AUGAGCGAUACAAUGAUGCGAUUAGUUAUCAAACGAUAUAUGAGACAAAUAUUAAGUGACCAUCAAUUGGAUUACCGAUCGGCGCAGUCGGUAGUCAGACGAUCGCUGGCCAGUGAUCCGCAUAAUCUGCUAAAGACUAAUCCAUUUUAUGAUAAAUAUUCGAAGAAACUGACCAAACAAUUGAUUGAUAAUAAAAUUAAUGGCAAAAAUGUACAGAUAAUGGUUAACAUGAAUAAUGAAACAUCGAUUAAGACAUUAGCAGACAAUAGUAGUCCAGAUAGUGAACUAAUGGAUCAGAUGAUUGCCAACAAUGCCCGCGAUAAUAGUGGUCUUCCACCGCAUAAACGAUUGGACGAUAUCCUAAAAUUGGAUCUAUUGGCGGAUAAGUCGCCGAAAGAAAUUGCCGACAUCUGGAACAGCUAUCACCAGAACAAGUGCUGUCUGUACGGUGUUGUCGAUCAGCAGACCUACGAACGAAUGUAUUUGAUGGCCCAGAAAUACAAGACGUUUACGUUUGCCAUCGAUAGUAGUGGUAGUAAUGGACAGUCGACUAGCAGUAGUGGACAGGCAUACGAUAUGAUCCUAAGUCAAUACGAUGGCUAUAACUGCUAUAUGACACCAUUGAGCGCUUACCACGACCACAGCGACAGAGCCAAUGUAUGUCUUAGUAUACAUCACUUUACGGAACUAUUACCCAACAAACAGAUUGUAUUGAUGUACGGCCAGUACGAUAGCCAGAUAUUGACCGCAUCGCAGGCCAAAUGUUUGGCCAAUCAAUUGCACGGCUAUUAUAGUUCGCCGUCGGAGGACAACUCAGUUUUUGGUCAACUAUUACAACAAUUUCAUUGUCAACCGGAUGUCUUUGAUUACAAUCUUGUCAUACAAUUAUUGCCAACAUUUUCCGAUAAAAACAAUCAAAAAAAUUAA